UUUAGAUAAGUCUAUUUUUUUUAGAUUGAAUUUAUCAAAUAUUAGUAAUUUUUUAAUCUAUAAAACAUGAUAAAGAUUUUGUUUUUAAUUGAAAAAUCAUGUCUAUUAUGUGAUUAAACAUAUUAUUAAAGUUCGAUUUAUUGUAAUCAAUGUGUUUUUUAAUUGUUAAUGAAAAUUAUUCAAAAAUUAUCGCCAAUUAUCUUUAAGUGGGGGAAUUUGUAUUUAAAUAAAUGAGCUUAAAUAAUAUAAGUUAGUUGUGCAAAAAAAAUUUAAAUUUUUAAUGUGAAAAUGUUUACUGUGAAUUUUUCGGCGUUUGUUAAAAAAUGGGAGUACUUGGGAUACAAUACUUUAAACACAUCGGAUUCCUUCGGUUUCGAGCCGCUAAUCGAGCAAAAGUCGUCAGAAACCGACUCUAUAGCGCACCAUCAGACUCCUAAAGGCGACCACACGUACGAGCCCUCCACGACAUCGUCUCCACACAGCGACGAUGCGAAAACACGUAUCAGCAUCGAGGGAAUGACAUGUCAGUCGUGCGUGAGAAAUAUCGAGGAAAAUAUCAGCAAGAAGCCCGGAAUAUAUAGCAUUAAGGUAAAUUUGGCUGAAAAAUGCGCGUACAUUCACUACGACACAAAAACGGUCACGCCAGAUGAAAUUUGCGAGUUUAUAGACGAUACAGGGUUCGAAGCUAGUCUUCCAUUAUUGCCAACUGAAGAAAAAACAAGCGUAUGUCUCAUACACAUUAACGGAAUGACAUGUAACUCUUGCGUUCAAUCUAUAGAAGGCAUGAUUUCCACAGUAGACGGCGUGAAAAGCAUAAAAGUGAACUUGGGCGAGAAGCAGGGCCGCGUCGAAUUCCUCGCCCAGAAGGUCAUCGCGCAGAACCUCGCCGAUCAGAUCGAGGACAUGGGCUUCGACGCUUACGUCACUUCCGUCAACGGGAAACAAUCGAACGGCGCCUCGGGCGGAAGCGACGACAAAAUAGGCGGCGGAAGCGGCACGCCGGAAAAGAAGGACUCCGAUUUGAGUUCGUCGAGUCGGACGACGAAUUCCCGAGAGAAGAAUUUGUCGAAAUGUAAUUUGCAUAUAAAGGGGAUGACGUGCGCUUCUUGCGUGUCAGCCAUUGAAAAACACGUCAAUAAAUUGGCAGGGUGUCAGAAAAUUUUGGUUUCGCUUUUGGCCGCCAGGGCGGAAGUGCAAUACGAUCCCUUGGUGACGACCCCCAACGAAAUAGCGGCGUCGAUAACCGAUCUCGGUUUUCCGGCGUCGGUAUUGCAGCAAAAUGGCGUCGGCGAGUCAGAGGUGGACCUCGAAAUAAACGGAAUGACGUGCGCUAGCUGUGUCCACAAAAUCGAAUCGAAAAUAUUCAAUCUCUCGGGCGUGACGAGCGCGAAGGUGGCGCUCACGACGCAACGCGGCAAGUUCGUGUACGAUCCCGAGGUAACCGGCCCUCGAAACAUAAUAGAAGAGAUCAAUAAGUUGGGUUUCGAGGCGCAGAUAUUCGCCAGAGAACACGCCAACGACUACUUGCAGCAAAAGGAGGAGAUCCGGAAAUGGCGGAAGGCAUUUUUGUUUUCCCUGGGUUUCGGAGGACCCUGCAUGAUUCUGAUGAUGUACUUUAUGAUCUUGAUGUCGGUGAAAAAUCACAAUCACGAGGAUAUGUGCUGUUUAGUACCGGGUCUUUCUUUGGAAAACUUCCUAAUGUUUCUCUUAUCCACCCCAGUACUGAUACUGGGCGGCCGCCAUUUUUUCGUUCAAGCUUACAAAGCUCUGAAACACGGCACGACCAACAUGGACGUGCUGAUAGCGAUGGCAACGUCGAUAUCGUACGCUUACAGCGUUGCCGUUGUCGUAGCGGCCAUGAUUAUGCAACAAAACACGUCUCCGCUAACAUUUUUCGACACGCCGCCCAUGCUUUUGGUUUUUAUCAGUUUGGGCAGGUGGCUGGAGCAUAUUGCUAAAGGAAAAACAUCUGAAGCUCUGAGUAGGUUGCUUUCUUUGAAAGCCACAGACGCUGUUAUAAUAACAUUGGGUAAAAAUGGCGAUAUUAUAUCGGAACAACAGGUAAAUGUGGAUUUGGUACAAAGGGGCGAUAUUUUGAAAGUAGUACCAGGUGCUAAGGUUCCAGUGGAUGGUAAAGUUAUUCAGGGUCAAUCAAUGUGCGAUGAAAGCCUUAUAACAGGGGAAAGUAUGCCAGUACCAAAAAAAAUUGGUAGCUCUGUCAUAGGGGGUUCCAUAAACCAACACGGUUUAUUAAUAAUAGAGGCGACUCAUACAGGGGAAGCCACAACCUUAUCCCAAAUAGUUAAAUUGGUCGAGGAAGCUCAAACCUCAAAAGCGCCCAUUCAACAACUGGCCGACAAAAUUGCCGGAUAUUUCGUACCAAUAGUCGUUUUUCUAAGUGUUUUAACUCUGAUUUCUUGGUCCAUUGUUGGCGCAGUCGAUAUUAAACUAUUACCAAUCACUGAACACGAAAAACAUGGUUUUAAUAAUACAGAAAUUAUUUUGCAAUUUGUGUUCAGAUGCGCCAUAAGCGUUUUGUGUAUCGCUUGCCCAUGCGCGCUUGGCUUGGCCACACCUACUGCUGUCAUGGUUGGAACUGGUGUGGGUGCCACAAACGGAAUCCUAAUAAAGGGGGCUGAGCCUUUGGAAAAUGCUCAUAAAGUAAAAGCCAUAAUGUUCGAUAAAACGGGAACGAUAACAAAAGGAACGCCAGAGGUGGCCAAAAUCUGGCUGAAAGGUGAUUACAUGAACCCAAUCGUGAUUUUAUCAGUUUUGGGAUGCGCCGAAAGCAACUCUGAACAUCCAAUAGGACAAGCGAUUAUCAAAUAUGUGAAGGAAGUUUUUGGAUGCGAUAUUGGGGGAUCCUCAAGCAACUUCCAAACGGUCCCCGGAUGCGGAUUAAAAUGCACCGUCUCCAAUUUAGACCAAAUGGUGAACAACGGAAAAAACAGCCCGGAAUUGAACAACUUUUCCUCUCUGGUAACAGCCGGAAGUUCCGGUUUGUUCACGCUGAAAAACGUACAAAUCGAAGUGAGUCAUUCGCAAAACAUGCGUCUCGGACAGCUGAUUGGUGUAACCACCAGCAACGAGGAGCUAUUGGUCGAAUAUGAAGUCAUUAUAGGAAAUAGGGAGUGGAUGAACAGAAAUGGCUUCACCGUCAGUGAUGAAGUGGAUAGAAAAAUGUCUGCUGAAGAGGAACAGGGCACUACUGCGGUAAUUUGUGCCAUAAAUGGUGAAAUUGUGGCAAUGCUCAGCAUAGCGGAUACAGUGAAACCGGAAGCACAUUUGGCAGUCUACACGUUGAAGAAAAUGGGGUUAGAAGUGAUACUUUUGACCGGCGAUAAUAGAAAAACGGCAACCAGCAUUGCAAGACAAGUGGGUAUAAACAAAGUUUACGCGGAGGUGCUACCCUCUCACAAAGUGGCGAGAGUUCAAAGACUGCAACAAAAGGGCAUCAAAGUGUGCAUGGUGGGAGACGGCAUAAACGAUUCUCCCGCGCUUGCGCAGGCCGACGUUGGCAUGGCGAUCGCCGCCGGAACCGACGUGGCGGUGGAGGCGGCGCACGUUGUGCUCAUGCGCAACGAUCUUUUAGAUGUCGUCGCCUGUUUGCUGCUGUCCAAGAAAACUGUGAACAGGAUACGGCUGAACUUUUUGUUCGCCAGUGUAUACAAUCUAUUGGGAAUUCCGUUGGCAGCCGGCGCGUUCAGCUUCGUCGGCUUCAUGCUGGCCCCGUGGAUGGCCAGCGCGGCCAUGGCCUUGAGCAGCGUUUCCGUCGUCGGCUCCAGUUUGCUCCUGAAAACCUGGAAAAAGCCGACGAAACGCGAUCUGGAAACCGUGGAAUACCUCCAGUCCAUAGACGACCGACAACUGGACGCCAUCUCCGUUCACAGAGGUCUGGACGAUCUGGAGAACGUAUCGGCAACGCCGACAAGCUUAUCCAGGUACGAUUUAAGGUGUGCGGAUUACUAAAACUAGGUGGCGCUGGUACACAAGGUGGUUUUUGGAGGUAGAACCAAACUGUUUAAAAUAACCACUACUGUUGACAGUUUGUUCGAUUGGUUGUGGUGGGUUUAAUUUUGUUUAAUAACCAGAUUAUAAAUAAUAACCACUAUGUUAUAGUGUGUGUUCGUUCACAGAUAGAGUUUAUUUUUUAUUGCAAAUUAUAUUCUCGAACACGCUGUAUAUGUUUGUUAAAAUUUGAGAUUAUUAGUCGUAUAUUGUUUAUAGUUAACUAUGAUAGUUAAUAUUAGAAUUUGUAGUACUUUUUAUUUUUUAUUCUAGAAAAAAAUUCGAAAUUGCUGAUAAUAGAGAAAAUCGAAAAUCGAUUUAAGUAUAAAAAAAUCGUAAUUCUUAAACAAAGGAGGUAAAACUUCGAAAAGACUGUGUGUCAAUGACGACGAUGACGUCAGCGUGGAUUUUGGUAACAAAAAUGGCCGCUACGAUGCCAACGAGCCGCUCAUGUAAAUAUUUAUUUUAAAGAAACUGUAAAAUAUUUUUAUUUGUGAAAUAAAAUAAAAAUUAAGUCUAACCAGGUACUUAAAUAUAAGUUAGGUACUUCCAAGGCAACCAGAAAUAUACAGGGCCGUAUUUAUUAAAUAUUUUUUAUCUUAACAAUCUUAUUUAAUCGCCAUAAACAAAAUAUAUUCCUCAUGGUUACUUAAUUUUUUAAUUAUUAAAGCAUUUUUCUUAAUUCACACUGAAUACUGCCCAAGUUGUUUUGUUAUUCUUAUUCUCUCUAAUUAUAUUUAAGUGAAAAUAUAUGUGAUACUUUUUAAAUAUUUUGAAAUGAUUUUUUGUAAUAUUAUUAAUAUAUUAAUAUUUAUUUUAUAUAAAAAUCUAUAUAGCGUUGUACGAUAUUUUAUUUUUUAAUAAAAUUAUGUAAACACACA